AUGAAAUACGGCCAAGUGGUAGUAGGUCCAGCGGGUAGUGGAAAAACGAACUACUGCAAAUUAAUGAAAGAAUUUAUGAAAAUAAAAAAAAGGAAUUGCUACGUUGUUAACUUAGAUAGCGCAAGCGAAGAAUAUUACUAUGAAAGAAAAAAGAGAGCAAUAAAUACAACAUCCAAUAUUGAAAAAGAAUUAAAUAAUUAUUAUGAUGCAAUAUAUGAUAUUGACAUAAGAAAUUAUGUUGAUGUAAAUAGUUUAAUGGAAGAACAAAUGCUUGGUCCAAAUUGUGCUUUAUUAAAAAGUGUAGAAUUAUUAUAUGAAAAUUCAUAUUUACUAGAUGAUGAAUUAAAUGCUUAUGAUGAAGAUGAUAAUUAUUUUAUAAUCGACACACCAGGACAAAUCGAAUUAUAUACACAUACAGAUUAUUUCAAAAAAAUAUUAAAUAUAUUUACAGAUAAAAAUAUAAAAUUAAUUGUUGUCUUUAUGAUUGAUAUAUCUUUUAUAAGCUCAAAUACAAAAUUAUUGUCAGCAUAUUUAACUAGUUUAUCAACUAUGAUAAAUUUUGAAUUACCUCAUAUUAAUAUAUUAACAAAAUGUGACCUAUUAAUAAGUCGAAAUUAUUAUGAAGAAUUUAAAAAAUUUAAAUAUAAAAAUAAUUUUUUUUUUCAAAGACAGCUAUAUAAAAAAAUUAAUAAAAAAAUAAAGACGAUAAAAAGUACGACUAACCGCGAAUCGGAAGAAGCUAAUAAUAAUAAUAAUAAUAAUAAUGGUAAUAACUGUAAUGAUGAUGGUUUUUUAAAGGAGCUAGAAUAUAUAAAUAACAAAAAGUCCUUCAGAGAUGAGUACGUCUUAUACUCUGACUAUGAUGAUAAUAGAAGUAUUUCUAGUUAUUCCUCACUAAAUAUGUCUGAAGGGAAUAAUGAAAAUUCAUAUACUAAUUUUUCAGGGCAUAGUAGUAGUAAUGACACAGUACGGUCUGAAGAAAUUGAAGAAAAAACGUACCAAAGAAAUUAUGAAAAAUUAAAUGAAAUACUUGCUCUAGAUCCCCAUGAUAUUAUUAUAACUGCCAAUAAAUGUUUGUCGAAAAAAUACUACAAAUUAAAUAGUGCCCUUGCGAAUAUUAUAGAAGAUUUUAAUUUGGUUUCCUUUUUACCCUUAAAUAUUUAUGAUGAUGAUAAUGUUGAUUUUAUAAUAAGCUCUAUAGAUAUGAUAAUACAGUAUGGAGAAGACAAGGAUGUGAAUGAUAACUAUGAUAUGUAA